AUUUAAUAGAAAAAACUUAUUACAAAAUGAAGACAAAGAUUGAAAUAGAAGUACUUUCGACCGAAAAGAAAACUCCAGUUAGGAGUUCAAGUAUGGAGAAUAAAGCACAACAUGUCCCUGCCAGUGAUGUGUGCCCAUUCUGUCAAAGAGUCCCAAAGAAAGCUGAAAUGUGUGGGGCCUGCAAGAUCAAGUACUGCAAGCACCACCUUGCCCUUAGAGUAUUAAGAAAUCUCAAGUGAAUGAAUUGCAAUAAUGACUUCCAAAGAGAAGACUACAUAGAAUCUGCUUAUCAUUCAGAGAAUGGAUCUGCCAAAGAGUCAACCCAAAGCUUGAUAUGCUUCCAGGAAGGUCUCAACCAAGAAGUGAUCGAGAAGCCGCUAAGUGAGGAAAUCACAAGGAUCAGCCAAAGAGAGUUGGUCAAAUUCAUAAAGCACAAAAUCGAGAGAUGUAAAGUCACCCUUUCAAGAUUUUCAUCUGGCCUCAGCAUCAUUGAGUCAAGACAUCAAGAAGAGAAAUCUAAUGAUUCAGAAAACUCCCAAUUGGGAGUUGAAGAAAUCAAGGAGAUGGACAAGUCCGAUCACGAAGAAGGGCCUCAUGGACAGCCAGGAUCUGUCACUAGAAAACUCGAUUUUGAUGAAAAAGACGCAAUUAGUGAAGAAUUUCUGGAAGAAGUCAAGGAAACUAAUGAAAAUGAGCCUAGAGUAAUGGAGGAAAAGACUGAAGAUCAUAAUCUAGCUUGGAAUGAAUCAGUUGAAGAUAUCUGUGGGAAAGUGGACAAUCAUCUGAAGGAAAAUGAACCAAAGACACAUUGUUUAAUAUCGAAGGAAGAAACUAAAGAUGAUGAUACUGUCAAGAGCACUGAAGAUUCAGAGACAAAUCAUGAGGCUAGUAAAAAGUAUAAUGACUAUCAGAGUAUUGAAGAUAGAAGAUUAUCUUUCUGCCAAGAAAUAAAGGGCUUAGUUGCUAUGAUAAUAAUCAUGAUGCUUGGCAUUCAGAUCUUCUUUAUGCAUGUUAACAUUUAUUAA